GCAAAAGCUCCAAUAUCGAGUCGAGGCGGGAAAGCGAUUGCCAUCACCACACUAUCCAACCCCUCAUACUGAAAAUACAGUCAAAAUGGGAGGCGGUCCUAAGGUUCCCUACCCCAAGCACGUCUGGUCGCCGGCCGGUGGUUGGUACGCCCAACCCGCGAACUGGAAGCGUAACACCGCCGUCAUCGGCGCCGUCAUGGCCGGUGUCGUUGCCGUUAUCUGGAAGAUCAGCGCCGAGAAGGAGGUGCGCUACGUGAUGCCUCAGGAGGGGCGGUUCUUCCCCAGCAGAUACUGGUCGAAGCAAUUGAUCGAGUACGACAGAGAACAGGCCGCGAGGAAGGCCAAGGAUACGACGCAGGCGGAGGCGAUUCAGAACUCAUAAACGACGACUCGGACGGUCUUCCAACUUUUGUACAAUGUAAAUAUGGUACCCCAGGAAUUGAGCGCCGCGCGGUAGCGGUAGUUGCGAACAUUGGACGACCCCUCGAUGCUUUACCUCGUCGCUCUUACUAGUAGCACUUAACUUUGCUCUGUGAUGAACCCUCUUGAGACGGAUUGAUACGGCGGUGUCUGGGCUACGGUGAAGCAACGAGUUCAAUUGCUACGAGCUUUCUGCGGGCUUGGACCUUGAUCAUUCAUUUCGCCGCGGGAGUACGGCGAUACCCUCUCCGAGUGAAUGAGAGCCAGGCAUUGCGAGGCAAACAAUCGCC